AGACCCUUUGCCCUUCUUGGCUUCCUUUCCCUCACUACCACCAACUGAGGCGUUCCCUUCCUCCCCUGCGAUACCCGUUCACCAUGUCUACCACGACGCAGACGAAGCCACGCCGUCCGCUGACCCUUCGCGGUCUUUCCAGUCCUUAUGCUCCCAUCCCAGUAACCACUUUCAGCAGCGCACUCAUCGGCCUCCUCUGGCAGCUCUACACCAUUCUCCUCGAGCCACUCCUCUGCCACCUCAAUCUUGCCCACCCCGGUUCUCUCCCUCGCAACGAUGCCACGUACGGUCGUGCGCAAGUCCCACUCAACGACUGGGAGAGGCGACUUGUGUACGAGAACCCGGAGGUCAAGCAUAGAAGGGGAAAGGUCUACCUGGAUGGUGAAGCUCUCAAGAAGGCAGGAACGUGGGAUAAGCCUGGAAGGGCGACUUUUGUCUCUUAUACCGUCUUCUGGAUUCCGGGCGCCAUUGAGAGCGAGAAGCUCGAUGCCGAUGUGCUCCUUUUGCAUGGCAUCAAUGACUAUUCCGGAAAGCUCGUACCGCACGGCCAUCGAUUCGCUACACGCGGCUUUCGAGUCAUCUUGGUCGACCUGCCUAGCUUUGGAAGGAGCAGCGGGCUGCACGCCUACCUGCCUAGCAUGAAGCUCCUCACAGAAUCCGUUCACGCCGUCCUUGCCGAUGUCGCCGAGUACGACCAUGGCGCUCGUGGUUCCGGCGCAGGGGACAACGGCGUACGAGCCUCAGUGGACGUCAAGUCACGCAAGCUUUUCCUAGAGGGUCACUCCAUGGGAGGUUUCACUGCCCUCUUCUACGCUUCUCAAUUCUCCCCCUCAUCCAAGGGGAACAGCAUCGAUGGCUCCGUUUCGGGCCCAGCACACGACGACAGCAGGCAUCGCCCCACUAUCUCUGGUGUGGCAGUAGCGGCUCCCAUGAUCGGUAUCUCGCCAGAGUCGCGACCACCCUACGUCGUAGAGCUUAUCGGGCGUUGCCUCAAAGUCUUCCUCGGUCGACUGCCCCUCGCCUCAGCAGUACGCGGGAAUGUCAGUGAUGACGAUCGAGUCGAGGAGGAGUUCCACCUCGACCCCAUGACCUACAAGGGGCGAUUGCGCAUCGCCACCGGCCUGGCUAUCCUUGAAGGGCUCAAUGAGCUCGACGCUUCUGUAGAGCAGAUCCAGGUGCCCGUGUGCAUCCAUCACGGCACUAAAGAUCGCGCCACCUCCUACCAGCAUUCUCAGCGCUUCUACGAGAGGCUGCCCCUCAAGAAGGACGGGAGGAGCGAGCUCAAGUUAUGGCAGGGGUACGAGCACGUGAUGAUGAAGCGGGUAAAGGGGCAGAGUAAAGAGGACGAUGAGAAGACGGAUGCUGUCUUGAAUCAGAUUUGCGAUUGGUUGGUGGCGAGGGCGAGGGAGUAGGCGGCGAGGAGUCGGAGAACGUGAUACCACUUUAGAUGGCGAGCAUGGACAUCGCUGGCUCCUUUGACAAGGGCACGCUCAUUGACACGC